CCACUCUGACCCUGUGGAGGAAACGACCCCACUUCUCUUUAGUUCUUAUCCUUCGCUCUCUCUCUGUGCUGAUCCGUGACUUGUAUACUUUUUGGGGUAGCGUUGGUGGUUGUGCGGGCACACUUUUGUGCUGUGUGUGUGUGUGUGUGUGUGUAUAUGUGUGUGUUUGCGUGUGCGUGAGUCAGUAUGCCAUGUCGUCCCCUGGCUCGUCGUUUGUGCAGAUAAAGCAUGAGGACCUGCUCUUUUAUGAGAACUGUGGAGGAGGCAGCUUUGGGAGCGUCUACAGAGCCCUCUGGAUAUCCCAGGACAAGGAAGUGGCUGUGAAGAAACUUCUAAAGAUUGACAAAGAGGCGGAGAUUCUUAGUGUCUUGAGUCAUAAGAACAUCAUUCAGUUUUAUGGAGCCGUGCUGGAAUCUCCGAACUAUGGCAUUGUCACAGAAUAUGCCAGUGCAGGAUCUCUGUAUGAGUAUCUUUCCAGUGAACAGAGUGAGGAGAUGGACAUGGAGCAGGUCAUGACAUGGGCUAUACAGAUAGCCAAAGGGAUGCAUUACCUCCACGCAGAAGCUCCAGUCAAAGUCAUUCACAGAGACCUCAAAUCACGGAACGUGGUGAUGACAGCAGACAGAGUGCUGAAGAUCUGUGACUUUGGGGCGUCUAAGUUCCUGUCUCAUACCACACAUAUGACGGUGGUGGGCACUUUUCCUUGGAUGGCUCCUGAAGUCAUUCAGAGCCUGCCCGUCUCGGAGACCUGUGACACCUACUCCUAUGGCGUGGUGCUGUGGGAGUUGCUGACUCGUGAGGUUCCUUUCAAAGGUUUCGAAGGGCUGCAGGUUGCAUGGCUGGUGGUGGAAAAACAAGAGAGGCUGACUAUCCCCACCAGCUGUCCAGGAAGUUUUGCAGAGCUGAUGAGAAAAUGUUGGCAAGCAGACCCAAAGGAGCGUCCGCAGUUCAAACAGGUGCUGGUAAACCUGGAGACCAUGGGCAACGACAGCAGGCUACCGGACCAGUGUAACUCCUUCCUACAUAACAAGGACCAGUGGAGGUGUGAAAUUGAGUCGACCUUGGAGCGCCUUCGGAAGCUGGAGAGGGAGUUGUACUCUAAAGAGAAGGAGCUGGAGGAGAGGGAGACGAGGCUCAGACUGUGGGAGGAGAGGCUGAUGGAGCGGUCCAACAUGUCUCCCAGUCCGACCUCCCUACUCAUGGAGCGCUCAAACAUCUCACCAUUCUUCACACCAAUGUCCAUCGGUUCCUCCGGCUCCUUCUUCCGCUCUCAUUCUCAAGACUCCAACAGUGCAGGAGUCAGCAGUGCUGGCGUCAGCUGUCUCCUCCGCACCCUCAGCAAUGGAGACACGGAGAGGGGGAGCAGUGCGGUGCUGGAGAGGGGGAUGGGCUCGCUCGACAGCGGGAGGCUGCAUGCCGUGCUCCGAGGGUUGCAGGGGCGGUUGGGAGAGGAGGACGGGGAAGAGGAAGGAACCCUGGAGGAAAAGGGCUGGGGGCAGAGGGAAAGGGAUGACACCGGGAGCAUGGAGGGAGGAGGAAGGGUGCAGGUGACACUCAGGAGUUUCCCAGGUGGUGUAGUUGAGAGGGAGGAGAGGACUUGGGAGGAGGGGGACCGGGAGAAAGGAGGGAUGCAGAGGAGCAGAGUGACCACCAUAGUCCGAGGGUAUUCGGGUGGGUUUGGAGAGGCAGAAGGGGAGAAGGAGAAGGAGGGAGGAUGGGAGAUAGAAAAGCUGGGGGACCGGCUAGAUGAGAAAGGGAAGGAAGGAGGCAUAGAGGGAGGGAGGCUCCCGACCAUCUUCAAGGGUCUCCAUGGGAGUAUGGGGGGCUUGGGGGACAUGCUGUCCUUAGACAUGGAUGAGAUGGGGGAGAUGGAGAGACUAGGUGACAUGGACAUGAACAUGAACAUGGGCGACCUGGGAGUGAUGAAGGUCAGGAGUGAGCUUGGGGUCAGGGGUCGCAGGAGUGACAUGGGAGUCGUGCUCCAGGGAGUCAGAGGGGACCGCAGCGAGGCCAUCAGCCAAAAGAUUAGAGGUGAAGUAGGAGUCAUCGGUCGCUCGGGGGUGCAGGUGAGCAUGCGGGCCUCGUCCAAUCAGAACUCUGUGAAGAGCUGCAGCGUGCGACACGGAACCAAGAUCAACAUGGCCACUGCAGCCAUGGACAUGAUGGAGCUAGAUUGGUCCGACAGUGACUAGCACACACACACACAUGCACAGAAAACACACAUACAGAGGCCAAACUAGAGCGAUUUUGACUUGUUAGCACAUACAGUGUCUGAGCUACAGUAUGUGCAUUAGAAUCUCCAGUUUGAAAAGAGCUGGUUUACACACAUUUCUUUUGUUAAUUAUUUUUUAUUGAAUGGAUGAAUUCUAUACCCAUGUGUACUGUGAAGUAGGAAGGAGCGAAAAGACAAGAAGAGGUUGUCUUGUCAUGUUGUCAGAAUGACUUCACCUGUUUAAUUUAAUGUGUUAUUAAAACUGCUGCAUAACAUACUGUAGGAGGUACAAGUGUUACAAAAUAACACACUUGAAUGCCGCUCUAAUGAGGCAGCACUGUCUGGUUUUUUUUUUUUUCCUUCUACUUAAAAACUAUUUUGUAGUUUAGAUUUGAUUUGUUCAAAACAAGCUUUGACUUUAUCGGUUCUAACUGUGAUCUAGUGUGUGUAUUUUCGGAAUUUCUUUCUGUAUAUUUUAUCAUUUUUCAAUAAAAAGAGAAGAAACUCAA